AAAAAAAACAUUUUCUUAACUUUAUUGUAAAACAGUAAACACCAAACCACUAAAGAGUUAUCUUCUUCGCCUGCAAGAAAUAUGUUACAAAUGGUGGUGAAAUGUACAAGUACAACGAAGUCGAUGUUCUUUUUCGUCAUUUUGGUUUCAACUACUGUUUUCAUCAUCGUUAAUGGUUUCUCCACGACGCUCGACGGUCCGUUUAUGCCGGAGACUGCUCCGCUCGACCCGAAUCUUAACCCGGUUGCAUUCGACUUGCCAGAAUCCGACCCGAGUUUCGUAGAACCCAAUGCCGAGUUUCGACCCGAACAGAUCUCUGUCUCUCUCUCGUACAGCUUUGACUCCCUCUGGAUCUCUUGGGUCACACCAGAGGAAUUACAAACCGGGGAACAAGAUUCCGUGUCUCUGGAUCCUAAUUCAGUGCAAAGCAUAGUCCAAUACGGUGAAUUCAAUGACCGUAACAGAAAUAAUAUCGCCACAGGCCAUUCGAUUGUUUAUAACCAACAGUAUUCUCCUGGGAAUGGACUCAAGAAGAAGAACUAUACUUCAGGGAUCAUCCACCAUGUUCAACUCACAGAUCUUAAACCAAACACACUGUAUCAAUACCGAUGUGGAGACCCGUCUUUAUCAGCAAUGAGCAAAGAGUAUUACUUCAGGACAAUGCCUAAGUCUACAUUAGAGUCUUACCCUCGAAGAAUCGUUGUUGCUGGAGACUUGGGACUUACUUACAACACAUCAACGGUUUUGACUCAGAUUCUCUCUAACCAUCCUGAUCUUGUGGUUUUAAUCGGAGGGUUCAGCUACGCCGAUACUUAUCUCGCGAACAAGACUAAACUAGAUUGCAGUUCUUGUCACUGUGACCAGAACGGAACCAGUUCCGGUUGUGAUCCUUGUUAUUAUAAUCGAGAAACUUAUCAGCCUCGCUGGGAUUACUGGGGAAGGUUCAUGGAGCCACUCAUGGCUAAUGUUCCAACCAUGAUGGUAGCAGGAGAGCAUGAGAUUGAGCAGCAGAGCGAUGAUAAUCUGACAUUCGUUGCAUACAGUUCAAGAUUCGCAUUCCCUUCGAACGAAAGCGGUUCUUUUUCGCCGUUAUACUAUUCAUUCAACGCGGGAGGAGCUCAUUUCAUUGUGCUCAAUUCAUACAAACCUUAUGAUUACUCAUCUGAUCAAUAUAUUUGGCUUGAGAGCGACCUGAUAAACAUAGACAGAUCAGAAACUCCAUGGGUGGUAGCAACUUGGAGUCUUCCUUGGUACAGCACAUUCAAAGGGCAUUACAGAGAAGCUGAAUCCAUGAGAAUAAAUCUUGAAGACUUGCUCUAUAGCUAUGGAGUCGAUAUCAUCUUCAAUGGUCAAGUUGAUGCCUAUGAGAGAUCAAACAGAGUCUACAACUACACGUUGGACCAAUGUGGUCCGGUUUAUAUAACAACCGGUGCAGGAGGAGCUGGGAAACUGGAAACUGAGCAUGUGGAUGACCCAGGAAACUGUCCAGACCAUUCUCAGAGAAAUCCAUUUGGAUCAUGCGGCUUUAACUCCACGUUAGGACCUGUAAACGAUGAGUUCUGUCCGGUGAAUCAGCCAGAGUAUAGCGCGUACAGAGAGAGCAGCUUCGGUUUCGGUAUGUUAGAAGUGAAGAAUGAAACGCAUGCAUUGUGGAGCUGGAACCGGAAUCAAAACCUGUACUAUCUCGCGGCAGACAUAAUAUAUAUUGUACCUCUUCUUCUCGCAGCCACCGUCACAAAAUCAGAAGCUUUCUCAAAAACAGUGAAGGCACCAUAUGCAGAAAAUAGGCCGGAGAAGCUAACCCACCUCCACUUCUACUUCCACGACUUUGUCUACGGAGACAAACCAACCACCGCCACAGUGGCUACAGGUCCCAACACAAACUCCUCUGCAACUGCCUUCGGUACGGUUGUAGUCGCUGACAACCGGUUAACGGUUGGGUCGGAAAUAACCUCAGAGGAAGUUGGGAGAGCCCAAGGGAUAUACUCAUCGCCGACCAGAACACUGUUGGUCUGCUUAUGGCUUUAA